AUGGAUAUGAGUCGGUCACACCUAGGGGUCGGGGAAUCUCUUGAGCGCAGGCAUUCUGAUACAUCGGUGCCGCACUCCCAUAUGGCUGUCAUGUCGACCAACGUGGACCUCCCACACCAGCACUUCGCCGUUAUUUAUCUGGACCAAGAUGGCAAUCCUCAAAUCAUGGCAUCCCCCUCAAUCGCAGGGUGUGGGGGAGCUAUAUUCACGCCGGACGUGAAAGACCGCUUCGUGGAAAUGACGUCCCCAGGGAGCCAGCCCUUGCAAUAUCCGAACCAGAGAUCAAUUCCUCCCUCUCCGUGGGGUAUGCAAUCAGACAUUCAAUGGGCACAGUCCGGCCAGACCCGAUCUCCUGAAUUAAUACCUUGUGAAUGGCAAUCACAACAGAGCCGGCGGAAACGGAGGGACAUGAAACGAACGGGGAUGGUUAGACCCCGACCAAAAUCCGCUUCACCUCCACCGACACCUCCCCCUGGACGAAGCGUGCUUCGUGUCGACAAUGCAGACCUUUUGCGACGGUACUACGAAAAAGCUUUUGAGGACUUCCAACAAUUGAAUUGUCGGGCCAUCGCCAAGUCGUAUAUUAAACUUGUGGAACCUCGGAAACAAGUUCAUUUUCCGUACAAUGGUCGGAAGGUUAUUGCUGGAGUAUCACAGCGUGUCAACCCCGAACUCACUAAGCCGGGAUGGUGGCCCAAGGGGGUCUUGCACAAAGAGCCUGAUCACCUGUUGAAGCGAGACCGACUCCGUCUUCUGGUCCACAUUCUUUGCGAGCUUAAAGACAGCCACGGAGUCACGGCUGAGAAACUGCGGGAGGCCGGCCAAGACGUGCGACGUCAGAUCAGCCCCGCAAACCGCCUACGGGUCCUCGACGAGAUCUAUUUUGUCCGACAGAUGGAAGAACGAUACCUCGACGGGAAGAUCGAUGCAAGCACGCUAGUCCAGGUGACCCAGACCCAUCUCCCAGAAGCAAACUACCAAGCGACCGACCCAACAAUUCGCGUUCACUCCGCCCCUAGCACGUCCUUCGACACGGAAGAUGAGCAGGAUGAUGAAGACCAGGGACCCCUCCUAGAGACCGCUGACCAGUACACCAUCCCGACCCACCAGGGCGUACCUCUAUCCCCCGCAACUAGCGAGUCAAGUGAACCUCACAGCCCGACUACGGGGUACGGGGCCUACCCCAUUGGCAUGGCACCGAACAUGCUUCCGCAUGAAUCGCCGGUCAUCAAACAACAGAUGGCGGACCCUCACCCUCACCCUCACGCCCCGCCUCAUCCCAUGGCGGGAUACUAUGCACAGCCAUUUGCGCCGACAGAGAAGAACGCGGGGUACUGGCCCAGCGUGCCUCACUCAAUGUCGCAAUUUGGAUAUUGA